AUGGCCAUGGAAUUUACCCAAGCACAACUAGACGAGAUCUACGCCUUUGCAGUCGAUCUCGGUCGCAAGGCCGGCGAUCUUCUCCUCGAGAGCAUCGAGAAGCGGAUCGCAAACGACGGCGAGACCACAUACGCAUACGCAGAGAAGGACAACGCGGUUGACAUUGUCACGCAAACUGACGAGGACGUGGAAACAUUCAUCAAAUCCGCAAUUCAAACCAGAUACCCCGAGCACAAAUUCCUCGGCGAAGAAACCUACGCACAGGGCCAAUCCCGCGAGUACCUCAUUGACGCACACCCAACAUGGUGCAUCGACCCUCUAGACGGAACCGUCAACUUCACACACCUCUUCCCCAUGUUCUGCGUCUCGAUCGGGUUUGUAGUUAACCACCGCCCAAUUAUCGGGGUCAUCUACGCCCCCGCCACCAACCAGCUCUUCUCCUCCUGUCUCGGCCGCGGCGCCUGGUUGAAUGACCACCGCGGCUCGCGCCGUCUGCCGCUACGCCGCACCUUGAUCCCGCCGAUGCCGCCCACCGCGCCGAGGGGGUGCAUCUUUGCGUGUGAAUGGGGCAAGGACAGACGGGAUAUUCCUGGAGGUAACCUGGCGCGCAAGGUUCAGAGUUUUGUGAAUAUGGCUGCUGAGAGUGGGGCGAUGGUGCACGGGGUGCGGAGUCUGGGGAGCGCGACGUUGGAUCUGGCGUAUACGGCUAUGGGGGCGGUGGAUAUUUGGUGGGAGGGGGGGUGUUGGGAGUGGGAUGUGGCUGCUGGGAUUGCGAUUCUGCUUGAAGCUGGGGGGCUGGUCACGACGGCGAAUCCGCCUGCGAAUCCCGAGACGGACCCCAUAGAGGAGGUGCGGCUGGGCAGUCGGUUGUAUCUGGCUAUUCGGCCGGCUGGGCCGUCGGAGACCGAGACGGGGAGACAGACGCAGGAGAGGACCGUGAGGGAGGUGUGGAAGCGAGUGAGGGAGUUGGACUACACACGACCUGGUGCAUAG